AUGCAUCAUUACAACAAUUCUUCUCUAAAACGUGUUCAGAGCGAAGGGAAAUUGUUGUUUGUAUUAGACAAAAACAACAAUAAUACCCAAAAUAUUAAUAAAUUAAAAAAUUAUCCAAAUGGAACAGAAAACAGCCUAAACGAGGAACAAACAAAAAUAAAUAAAAAAUGGCCAACCCCGCCAGCAAUGGGUAUUUCUGGCAGAAAACUUGACUCGAGGGAGUAUGGGAGGCUGGUUAAGAUGAAAAAAGCAAGUCGAAGUCAGCCACAACUUUGCGAAAUUUUUGAUAAUGAUGGGGAUUCUAAUACUGGGAAAUGGAGGAAUAAUACAAAUAUUAAUAGAACUUUGUCUACUAGAGAGGAGUUUGGAAGAAAUACAAACAAGAAUCAUCAAAAAACCAAAAAAGCUCCACCCCCACCGCAACAUCAAAAUCAGAAAUCAUUUACACCAACAAUCCAACCACAUUCGCCUCAGAAUGCCUUAGCUAAUGAUAAAGAUAGAAACGAUAAGGAAAGUGAAAUUUAUGCUAUAGUAAAUCUGAACGGAUCUAAAAAUCAAAAAUAUAGGCAACAAAUUAGUUCAGAGCCAAGAUAUCAUCAAAAUAUUUUAUAUCGAGAACCUUCGACAAAAUCACCUCAAAUGCUAAUAGAUGAACAUAAUAAUCAAUUAAAAUAUCAUCAAAAUAAUUUUAAUUCCCGUCAGAAUCAGAUUUUGUCCCCUACACAAAAAUCCAGAAGGAAUACAAUAAACAAUAAUGGGCAUAAUGGGUUUACGGCUAUGCCAGCUUCUAACUAUUCAGAUGACCUUCUACCUCAAGUGGUGGGUUAA